GUGGUAAUUGUAAUCGAUGGAAUCUAAUGAAACAUAGAGCUGCUUAAUUAUGUGAAAUACAAUAUGCGAAACUGUCUGGCCCUCAAAAUACUUUUUUUUUUGGUGUUUUUUGGAAGUUCAAUAGUGAUUCGUGAAUUUAUGCAAAAUGCCCGAUUGUCGACAUUGCAACAAUUCAUGUUCGUAAUUGCAGAUGAAGUGGUGCGAUGUCAACGAAACUUAUACCAAUAGUACUUGUAAUAUUGCUCUUUAUUGUCGUAUAGCUAAAAUCAAGCUAACAGUACUCAUUGUCUAGCUACAGUGAAAAAACCGCACAAUGCAGAAUCAUUGAGCCAUUUUGUGAGUCACUGUAUUAUAGGAGGUAUGAAAAUACCACAACACUUAGAAGCAAAUUUAGUCUGAACUAUGACUUCAAUAAAAUCAAUAGCCUCCAGUGUGUGUCGGUCUGUGUCGGUCUGUGUCGAUGUAUGUCGGUCUGUGUCGAUGUGUGUUGAUGUGUGUCGAUGUGUGUCGGUCUGUGUCGAUGUGUGUCGAUGUGUGUCGGUCUGUGUCGGUCUGUGUCGAUGUGUGUCGGUCUGUGUCGGUCUGUGUCGGUCUGUGUCGGUCUGUGUCGAUGUGUGUCGGUCUGUGUCGAUGUAUGUCGGUCUGUGUCGGUCUGUGUCGGUCUGUGUCGGUCUGUGUCGAUGUAUGUCGGUCUGUGUCGAUGUGUGUUGAUGUGUGUCGAUGUGUGUCGAUGCGUGUCGAUGUGUGUUGAUGUGUGUCGAUGUGUGUCGGUCUGUGUCGGUCUGUGUCGAUGUGUGUCGGUCUGUGUCGAUGUGUGUCGGUCUGUGUCGGAGUGAAGAGAAAUUGGUGAUUGAAAACAGUCCUAACUUUUUUUCUUUUUUUCUAAUGAGAUGCCUCCCCAUUUUUGCACAAAAUUUUCCAAGUAGGGUAGGUGCGAGUUAAUAAUACUGAGAAGUGAGUUAGAAUUUGCAGGAACUUUCUAGUAUUAUUAACUCUGAUAUAUACAGUUACUUUAGAAGACUUAUAAAAUAAAAUAAGACAGUAAAAUGACCAGACACAACAAAGAUACUCUUUAUUCAAGUUUGUUGAGAAUGAUACUUUUAU